AUGGCUGUCCAAGACACCACAGGAAAGAAGCGCAAGGGCGCAUCAGAGGCGGCGCCCAAAGCGAAGAAGCCGAGAAAGUCGGACGAUGUCACGCCUGUCGAGGCCAAGCCAACGCGGAAAUCUGCGCGCAAGCAAGCCGCCGACUUCAUGGACAUCGAAGAGGAAGCUGCGCCCGUCGCCGUUGCCGAGCCUGUCAAGCCGAAGAAGGGCAAGAAGAGCAAGGCCGCUGCCGACGUCGAUGCCGAGAUGGCCGAGCCCGUCGCGGAGGUAGUCGAGGUUGCUGAAGUACAGGAGAAGCCUAAGAAGCAAGCAAAGAAGGGCAAGGCCGCCGCCAAGGUCAACACAGAGGUCGCUGAGCCUGUCGCUUCCGUCGUAGAGGUCACUGAAGUGCAAGAAAAGCCCAAGAAGGGUGGCAAGAAGGGCAAGGCUGUAGUCGCAGAGGAGGCCGUCGUAGCAGAGGCCCCCAAGGAGAAGGCUAAGAAGUCUAAGAAGGGAAAGGCUGCAGAGGCUGAACCCGUUGAGGACGCUGUCGCUGUAGUAGGGAAGACUACCACAGUCGCAAAGCCAAAGAAGGCAAAGGGAGGAAAGAAGCAGGAGGCGACCGAACCCGAGAUCGAGGUCACCGAGGUCACAGCAGUGGAAGACGACGCAGACGAUGCUGCCGAAGACGACCAGACGGCAGCUCUCCUCGCUGGCUUCAGCGACUCCGACUCAGACGACGCCGAUGAGGACGUCAACUUUGACGAAGAAGCGAAGGUUCCCAAGCUCAGCGCCAAGCAGCGGAAAGCGAUCAAGCAGGCGGAGGCGGCACCCAAGUCCAACCAGCCUGGUGUCCUCUACGUCGGUCGUGUGCCCCGCGGUUUCUUCGAGCCUCAGAUGAAGCAGUACUUCUCGCAAUUCGGCAAGGUCAACCGGUUACGCUUGUCACGCAACAAGAAGACUGGUGCUUCCAAGCACUUCGCUUUCGUCGAGUUCCAGUCCGAAGAAGUCGCUGACAUCGUCGCACGAACAAUGAACAACUACCUACUGUUCGGUCACAUCCUUAAGGUCCACCUUAUUCCUGCUGAGCAGGUACACCCCGACCUCUUCAAGGGUGCCAAUGAGCGGUUCAAGGUCGACCCUCGCAACAAGAAGGCCGGUCUCGAGAUGGAGCGCGGUGUAGAGCGUGCGCAAUGGGAGAAGCGCGUGGAGAACGAGAACAAGAGGAGGACAAGCAAGGCUAAGCAACUCAAGGAAGUCUUUGACUACGAGUUCGAAGCACCAGCGCUCAAGACUGUCGACAGCGUCCCUAAGCAUACCACCAUCACUACGCUCGAGGCCGCAAAGCCCCAAGAGCUUCUUACCGAGACGGCUACUGAGGAGACCACAGCUGUUGAGCUCCCCAAGGCCAAGAAGGGCAAAAAGGGCGCCAAGGCUCAAGCAGCAGCACCACCUGCAGAGGUUGCUGAGGUCACAGAGGUAGUCGAGGCUGUCUCGCCUGCGCCAGCAAAGAAGGGCAAGAAGGGUGCCAAGGCCAAGCCUGUUGAGGCAGCUGAGGUCGUUGUGGAGGAGGUUGCCGCGCCUGCCCCAGAGAAGAAGACCAGGAAGCGCAAGUCCGAUGUCACAGUCGAGACUACUACCGUUGCUGAGGAGACCGUCCCAGAGGUAACGCCCAGGAGCAAGCGAGCCAAGAAGGAGAAGGUCGUCGUCGAGCCCAUUGUCGAGGAGGUCGAGGAGAAGAAGACUGCUGCCAAGCCGAAGAAGGCCAAGAAGGCGAAGGCCUAA